AGGCUACGCACACCGCACACCGGUCGCAGCAUCCGUCCCGCGUCCCACGUCAGUCGGCUGCCGCGUUCCGAGGGGUUUGGUUGGUGUUGCGUGGGCGGGCGAGAAGCCGGGUCGCUGGACGAACGAGAACGAGCUGCGAUUAACGCGUCCGCGAUAUUCCGAGCGGACGGAAUAGCGAUAGCGCGGAAUUACUUAUAAUUGGUAGAUUUACUUGUCUCGUCUCUUUCGAGAUCACGUGAGAAAGCCUAUACCGACUUUCAAGAUCAGUACACGAUCAGUCGUAAGCCGGCAUCGACGGCGUGUCGCGUGACUCUGUCAUUUGAUGUGCUGCUCCGAUCUGUUGUGAAUAGUUGUGCACGAGAGAGAUUAUCCAGCCCUCGGUUCUUCGUGACUUCCUGCGUCGCCUUGUCGUCGUCGUCGUCGUCCCGGAGAGCUUGCAGAUUCCCCAAGACUCUCCUGACAUCGAGCGCUUGCUGAAGUUGCUGGCUCCGCGCGGAGUGAUCGAACAGUAUCGGCCGGAGAUGAGGAAGGCGACUCUGUUAGCCGUCGUAACGAUUUUGCUGUCGGUGACGGCACGCGAUGCCACGGCAGAACUUUACACCGCCCUGGCGGAUAUGGAGGAGCUGCUCGAAACGGAAGCUGUGCUGAUCGACACAUUGAACGGAUACAUCACGGCGCAAGAGCAACGAUUGGCAACUCUGAGAAGAAACGUGGAGGGCUACGCGAGGGAGCACGAGGAGGCAUCCAGAAACAUCCAACAGUAUCUAUCGAACCCUAUAAAUGCUUAUCUGCUAGUGAAACGGCUAACCACCGACUGGAAAAAGGUCGAGGAGCUGAUAACCGAGGAUGUCGGCAAGUCUUUCGUCGCAAACAUCACAAAUUCCAGGAGCGAUCUAAAAUUCCCGACCGACGAGGACCUGAAUGGAGCCGCAGUCGCUUUGAUGAGGCUGCAAGACACGUACAAGCUCGAAACCGCGCAAGUUGCGAGGGGUGUCCUGAAUGGCGUGCAAUACAGUACCGGAUUGACCGCGAGCGACUGCUUCGAACUGGGCCGACAAUCUUAUCACAAUCGCGACUACUAUCACACGGUGCUGUGGAUGCAGGAAGCUAUGGACCGUCUGCAAGAGGAGCAGAACGCCACCACCACCACCUCCAAGCCCGAUAUCCUGGAAUACUUGGCGUUUUCAACGUACAUGCAAGGUAACGUCGCCCGUGCUUUGAGCAUGACGAACGAGCUGCUCGAAUUGGUGCCGACACACGAGAGAGCGUUGGGAAACCGUGCGUAUUACCAAAAGGAAAUCCAAAGCAAGGCGAGUCAGUCGAAAAAGAAGCGGGGGGAGGAUGGAAAGGAUGAUACAGCGAUACCUGAACAGAACUUCACUGUCGCCGAGGAAAGGGUGAAAACGUGGGAGGAAAUGACGGAGAGAGAGAGGUACGAGAUGCUUUGUCGCGGCGAAGUAUCUAUUCCGUCGGAAGUAGAGAAGAAUCUCAAAUGCCGUUACGUCGACCGUGGAAUUCCCUUCCUGAAGAUCGCGCCAUUUAAGGAGGAGGAGGCGUAUCUGGAUCCGAGGAUAGUUGUUUAUCACAACGUGAUCUACGACGAGGAAAUCGAGACGAUCAAGCGGAUGGCUCAACCUAGGUUUAAGCGCGCUACGGUGCAGAAUUACAAGACUGGUGCCUUAGAGAUAGCGAAUUACAGAAUCAGCAAGAGCGCGUGGCUCCAGGAACACGAGCAUAAGCACGUAGCGGCAGUGAGUAAACGCGUCGAGCACAUGACGAGUCUGUCCGUGGAGACGGCCGAGGAACUUCAGGUUGUCAAUUACGGCAUUGGCGGUCACUACGAGCCACAUUUCGACUUUGCAAGGAAAGAAGAAACGAAUGCGUUCAAAAGCCUCGGGACUGGCAACAGAAUCGCAACGGUUCUAUACUACAUGAGUGAUGUCGAGCAAGGAGGCGGUACCGUAUUCACCGCCAUCAACAUAUCGCUUUGGCCGAAGAAGGGUAGUGCGGCAUUUUGGCAUAAUUUGAAGCCUAACGGUGAGGGAGAUUUUAAAACCAGACACGCGGCUUGCCCGGUACUUACAGGAUCAAAGUGGGUGGCAAACAAAUGGUUGCACGAAAGAGGUCAAGAAUUUCAUAGACCUUGCACAUUGGAAAAUCAGGCGACGGAUGAGGUGGACGUUAGGCACUGAAGAGAGCGUUCCUCGACUGUGACAGAAGAAAUAGAAGGGACGCGAUAAAUAAGAUAAAAGAAGUACUACGAAAUACUUGAAAAUUCCUGCUCUGAAUAAAGAGACAUUUUAAUCUCGAAACGACGACUCCGUAAGGAAGCUCGCGGUACGAAUUGUCGUUUAAGAACGAGUAAGGACAUUUCGGCCCGCGUGCAAAAAGCGACAGUGCAAUUUAGCGUAGAUAAACAAGCUGCGAGAACGCUGCUCGCGUUUACGAGAAAGAACGUCACUGGCGCACACAAUUCGCAUAAUUUAACAUUCGUGCUGCAGUUCUGUAUGAUGAUCUUUCUUGUUGGUUUACUGUGGAACACGAUCCCUCGCAUUACGACAACGUAAGCGCGCGCGCGUGCGAUUAAUGUUUCCUUAAUCUUCGAGAUAUCCGGCUGCAGGCGAAAACCGGUACGAAGCAACAGAGACUAUCCGAGCGAGAUUAAUCGACUGCAUUGUUUCCCGUACGCUUUUUCCUUUGAAACGAAAAUCCUGUAAAGCAGAGAUUGCCGCUGUGCGCGAAUUGCGGCAAUUGCGAUGCAACAAAGUUACUGUUUACGGCACGGAUCUGCAUGCGUUCUAUUUGUAGUCCGAUUCAGCAUUGCCUGCAGUUCGUCGUUUUGCAGUUUACGUCUACGGCGAAUGUAACGUAGAAUAGUUAUUUGGAAUUAAAUGCGUGAGACGAAAUAAACGGACGUAAGUGUAAAGCGGAAAAAUGAAAGAAAGAUCUCAGCAACUCUCACUUGAACGAAAUAAACGAAAGAGGGGAGGAGAGAAAAACAGAAAAACCGCAUACAACCGGAUCGGUUUGUUGCAUGCGGAGUUUCGCCGUUUAAACGGACUAUCCGCGGUGAGAACGAGGUAUCGCUCCGCCGUUCGCUAACGCGUAACGUUAAUUGUUUAUACGAAAGAUUACCGAUACGCUAAUAAGAUAUUACACUAUGCAUCAUAGCCAAAGCAAUAAUAAAUUGCGCACGUUCUGGCCAGUCUCCCCUUAUCGUAGUUUAUAGUAUAGUGCGAUGUAGAGAAGCGAAGAGCGCGAUGUAAUCAUUAGCCCGUAGAUUAAUUGUAAUUCGAGCGUGAUCGUUAACGUGAUUCACGAAGCCGUAUCUCAACCCCGACGUUAUAGAGCUAUAACGAGGUACUUCCGCUGAGAUGCUCCAAGACCGAGAAUCUCCUGUAGCGACGGAUUGCUUUCAUCGGCUGUAAAUAGCGGAUGGCACGCCGAUCCUGUAUCAUCCGAUCCUUCCGAUCAGGCUGUAUACGAAUCGUUUGUAUAAAGGUGGACAACGCUGUCCGAUGACGACGCUGCACUUCUUAACGGCGAUGUAGUAUAAGUAUAUAUGGUGCGAGGAUAACCUUUCGCACGUCGUAUUCAAGAUCAUCCUAUUGUAGCGGUGCUCAAAUUAUAGUUGAUUUUAUUUUAAUAAUAAUAAAAGAAAGAUUGGGAUUAUUAUAACGAAAUAUAUCAUGAUAAAGACAGGAAGAGGCAUACUUGUAUGUUUUUCACAUACAGCGCAAAAAUUAACGAAAGAACGAGUCUAAUUAAGAAAUGAUUCUGGAAAAUUACGUAAUUGUUGGAUUUAAGUUUUCUUUUUAAAAAUAAUGGAAUAAUGUAGCUCAGAUUACUUAAUUUUUACUACUUAUUUUAAAAAUUAACAUUUGUGCCACAGCACUGUGAUUUGUGCUGCGUUACUAAACAUUACAACGUUUAUAUGUAUGUGUUUUAUUCGUGUAGAAAAUUUGGGAACCGCUGCUCUACGGUAUUAUAGACGGUUCAAGUUUGUGGGUCCGAGUAUCCCAAAUCGAUUGUUAAUAUUUAGCACCAGCUAGCACUAACGUGAAUAUACGAAAUAUUACUUCCAAUCGAGAUUCCAACGACGAACGUGCGCGAAAAUUGUCUAUAUCAAUCGAUCCAGCACAACUACCGCGCGUAUAUGUCACUUAAAAAUCAUACCGUAUUUCGAUAAAAUCUAUCUAUCGUUUAAGUUUGCUGAAAAUUCCAUGACGGUAGCCCUAUAUUAUAACUCGUGUUAGGAUCACAUUUACUAUACUCAUCUCUAGAAUCAUAUGGCGCUUCAGAAUUUAUGUUUACGUUAAAACAGCUUAUAUGGUAUAUGUCACUUUUCUUAAUUUUCUAAUUUUUAAUUUUUUUAACGAUAUGCUCUCUUAGCAACGAUCGAUUUAUUCGGAUAUAUUUACCCUGAUCUAAUAUUUACUGCUAAUCAGCCUGAUUAUUUUAUCAAUGCUAUAUAAUUAUUUAUAUAUACAAUAAUAUAGAGAUUACGACUUUACAUCGCAAUCUUUGCACAUAUUGUGAAUUAUAUUACUUUCUAGCUAUUUUUGCGCUCUGUAUAAUUCCAAGUCCAAUUUCUUCAUGUUAGAUACAUUAUUUGAAUUAUCGCUGUAAAAACUCGGUUUUAAGGACCAACGCAUUUUUGUCGGAGUUGAACUUGAGUUAGGAAGUAAGUCUUGAUCGAAAAAGUAGCCUUUGAACGAAAUUAUGUUUUGACGAUCACUACACCGCGCGCAGUUACUUGCUAUACUUUUAGAAAAAAUCUGCAAAAUAAAUUUUCUACCAAUAAUUUUGUAUAUAUCACCUCGCGCAAUAUUGUGUCACUUACGUCAUUUAAUAUGAAAUGAUUAUAAAGAAUGAGCGGAGAAUGAAGUAAAAUUAAUGACGAUGAGGAAUGCAAGAACGAGACAGUUCCGAUCGCCUCGUUAAGUAUGAGCGACUGAUAUCUAUCUAAUUGUGAUUACCAUCGUUUUGUUGAAAAACGAAGAAAAUAAAUAAAAUGAAAUGCAUCACAGAAACGCUGCUGAAAUCCUAACGAAGCGCGUGUCGUUAUUUGUAAUUCAUCGUUCUCAAAUCGUGUAUCAAUUGACGAGUACGUUAAAAAUGGGGAGACUCUAGUGUCAGUCAUAAUAAACAUUCGUAAAUUUAAAUUCCGAAAAAUUCUAUUGUAAAAAAGCACAUUCCUCAUUUUUCAUUUCGUUUUUUUAUGCGUAAACUGUAAACAUUACAUUCAUUAUUUCUAUAAUAUGUAUAUAAAAUGUUUGACAAAUAA